AUGGAAUCUGAAGAUGCGAUAAACAUUGCAGAAUCGAAAGAUGCAGUCAGCUGUACGGUUGUGCCUGAGCCAGAAAUUGCUCAGGAUGAACGUCCAAGGCAUCUCUUUGACUACUCUGAAGUAGUGACCAUGGUGGUGGGAAAGGGGUGCAAAAAGCACUACUUCGCAUUCGAUCUACCUCGCCUAUGUGAGGAGUCCACCUACUUCGACGAACGUCUCCAUGGAAACUAUCGAGAAGCGCGACAGAGGCAUAUCAAGUUUGGGAAUAUCAAUCCUCAUACAGUUGCCUGCAUGCUAUACUUGUUCCGGGGUUGGGAUUGCCCCUAUUGCUGCACGGAUCCUCAUCACAUCAUCGACGCGUACGUGCUGAGUUUGAGAUACUGCCUUCCACGAUUCAAGAUCCAUCUGGGUCAACAGAUGCAGAAGCUAUUGAACGGUACUGCUUCGAGUAUGAUGAUCCAGGGGUGUAUCGUCCACCUUCGCCGGACUGUGAAGAAUGAUUGCGAUCUUCUGGAUAGUCUUCUGAAUCAUCUUGUCUCUGCAAAUGAAGAUCGCCUCUCAAACGGGAGCGUACACCAUCAGAAAGCUGAUUUAAAGCAUCUACAUGAUUUCCUGGCUGCCGACGCGAAACGGGUGUCGAACUUGCAGAUGGUUCUGGGACAAAAUGCUCGUCAUGGUACAGCACGAGGCCUUGGGAGCCCUUCAAGAGCCCAGCCGACUACUCCGCUUGAGCCCCUUGGUCAGGAUGCUUCAAACGCUACUUCCAAAGAAGCUGGAGAUAUGUUUGAAACGGAGGAUGACAUGGACUACGAUCUGGCAAUUCUGGGGUUGGACCCGCCUAUCCUUGAACAAUCAAUCCCUGUAAAACUGAAGAACUGUAUGGCUCACGAGCAUACGGACCAGGACAAGGAACAGUGUCACCAGCACAUGGCCCGGGGAAUGCCUCAGAAAACAACUGAAGAAUGA